GUUUUUUUGAGUGGACGAAACGGUUGUGAGAGCGGACGAUCGCAAAGUCAGAGGAACCUGGAAAACACACAGCACAGUUAUUUUUUUUUUUGAAAGUGAGUGCAAGGAAAACCGAAACAAAAUAGAGGAUACAAAAUAAAAAACAACAAGAAAAAAUACGGGAAUGGCGCUACAAAAAACGCCGCUAAAAAAGGAGUUCUUGUGGAAGGGAUAACAACACAAAAAGAAGAAGAAAGAAACAAGGAUUUUUCGAAAAGUGUAUCUGACCCGAGUCGCGUGUGUGUGAGUGAGAAGGCGAGUGAGUCGAACGAGGGAGAGAGCAAUACGCAAGCGUGCGGCGUCGGUUUGAAUUUGAAUUUUUGCUCGAUCCUCACAAUAUAAAAAAGGCAACAAAAAAGAGCGCUGUUUUUUUUUGCCAUUUUUUUUUUAAUGUUUCAAAACGGAAAAUGUCGCCGUCGUCGGGAGAGUGCCUCCUCUUAGUUGAUCAAAUAAAGCUUUAAGAUCUAAAGUUUUGAAACUAUCAAAGCGAAAAACCGCCCGCAAAAUAGAAAUAAAAAACUUUAAAAUUUCCAUAUCCUCGAAAUAAAAUACAUCCUCAAAGAGAGAGACCAAAGAGGAGAGCCCGCAAAGAAACCGAGCAGAGAAGAGGAAGAGGUGAAAAACUGGAAAAGUGGUUAACUGGAAAACUGGAUUACAAUGCAAUCGCCGCGCAGCCGACGUCGCAGUCGCGCACCAAACACUUGGAUUUGUUGUUGGAUUAACAAAAUGCACGCCGUUGCGUCGCUGUCGGCGUCGCUGCCUCUGCUGCUGCUGACGCUGGCGUUUGCGAAUUUGCCAAGCACCGUCCGCGGAACUGAUACCGCGUUGGUGCCCCUUUCCUGCACAAGUGUGGUCUGCCAGAAUGGCGGAACCUGCGUCACACAACUCAAUGGCAAAAUCUACUGCGCUUGCGAUUCACACUAUGUCGGCGACUACUGUCAACACCGAAAUCCGUGCAAUUCGAUGCGUUGCCAGAAUGGCGGCACCUGUCAGGUGACCUUUCGCAACGGUCGUCCUGGCAUCUCCUGCAAGUGUCCCCUGGGCUUCGACGAGUCCUUGUGCGAAAUAGCGGUGCCGAAUGCCUGCGAUCAUGUGACCUGUCACAACGGAGGCACCUGUCAGCUGAAGACCCUGCAGGAGUACACGUGUGCGUGUGCCAAUGGCUAUACAGGUGAGCGAUGCGAGACGAAGAAUCUGUGCGCCAGUUCGCCCUGCCGGAAUGGAGGCACCUGCACCGCCUUGGCCGGAAGCAGCAGCUUCACCUGCUCCUGUCCACCGGGAUUCAAUGGUGACACCUGCUCCUUCGACAUCGAGGAGUGCCUGUCGAAUCCCUGCAAGUACGGCGGCACCUGCGUCAACACCCACGGAUCCUACCAAUGCAUGUGUCCCACGGGCUACACGGGCAAGGAUUGCGACACCAAGUACAAGCCCUGCUCACCAUCGCCCUGCCAGAAUGGCGGAGUUUGCCGAUCGAACGGUCUGUCCUACGACUGCAAGUGCCCCAAAGGUUUCGAGGGCAAGAACUGCGAGCAGAACUUCGACGACUGCCUGGGUCACCUGUGCCAAAACGGAGGCACCUGCGUGGACGGGAUCUCGGACUACAGCUGCCGGUGUCCGCCCAACUUCACGGGAAAGUUCUGCCAGGACGACGUGGACGAGUGCGCCCAGCGGGAUCAUCCGGUGUGCCAGAAUGGAGCCACCUGUACGAAUACCCAUGGCUCCUACAGCUGCAUCUGCGUGAAUGGCUGGGCGGGAUUGGAUUGCAGCAACAAUACGGAUGACUGCAAGCAGGCAGCGUGUUUCUAUGGAGCCACCUGCAUCGAUGGCGUCGGUAGCUUCUACUGCCAGUGCACCAAGGGAAAGACGGGGUUGCUCUGCCACCUGGACGACGCCUGCACCUCGAAUCCCUGCCACGCGGAUGCCAUUUGCGAUACGAGUCCGAUCAACGGAUCCUAUGCCUGUUCCUGUGCCACCGGCUACAAGGGCGUCGAUUGCUCCGAGGACAUUGACGAAUGCGAUCAGGGAUCCCCCUGCGAGCACAACGGCAUUUGUGUGAAUACCCCGGGUAGCUAUCGCUGCAAUUGCUCCCAGGGAUUCACGGGUCCGCGCUGCGAAACGAACAUCAACGAAUGCGAAUCGCAUCCUUGCCAGAAUGAGGGAUCCUGCCUGGAUGAUCCCGGCACCUUUCGUUGCGUCUGCAUGCCGGGAUUCACGGGCACCCAGUGCGAGAUUGACAUUGAUGAAUGCCAAUCGAAUCCCUGCCUGAAUGACGGCACCUGCCACGACAAGAUCAACGGCUUCAAGUGCAGUUGUGCUUUGGGUUUCACCGGAGCCAGGUGUCAAAUCAACAUAGACGACUGCCAGUCGCAACCGUGCAGGAAUCGUGGAAUUUGCCAUGAUUCCAUAGCUGGUUAUAGCUGCGAAUGUCCACCGGGAUACACAGGAACCAGUUGCGAAAUCAACAUCAAUGACUGCGACUCGAAUCCCUGCCACAGGGGCAAGUGCAUCGACGAUGUGAAUAGCUUCAAGUGUUUGUGUGAUCCAGGAUAUACGGGAUACAUUUGCCAGAAGCAGAUCAACGAAUGCGAAUCGAAUCCCUGCCAGUUUGAUGGCCACUGCCAGGAUCGCGUGGGCAGCUACUAUUGCCAAUGUCAGGCGGGCACAAGUGGCAAGAAUUGCGAGGUGAACGUGAACGAAUGCCACAGCAAUCCCUGCAACAAUGGGGCAACCUGCAUUGAUGGUAUUAAUUCCUAUAAAUGCCAAUGUGUCCCAGGAUUCACGGGCGUCCAUUGCGAGAAGAAUGUGGACGAGUGCAUCAGCAGUCCGUGUGCGAAUAAUGGUGUAUGCAUCGAUCAGGUUAAUGGGUAUAAAUGCGAAUGCCCACGGGGAUUCUACGAUGCCCAUUGCCUCAGUGACGUCGACGAAUGCGCCUCGAAUCCUUGCGUAAACGAAGGUCGCUGCGAGGACAGCAUCAACGAGUUCAUCUGCCACUGCCCACCAGGAUACACGGGCAAGCGAUGCGAACUGGACAUCGAUGAGUGCAGCAGCAAUCCCUGCCAGCAUGGAGGAACUUGCUACGACAAACUGAACGCCUUUAGUUGCCAAUGUAUGCCUGGUUAUACGGGUCAGAAAUGUGAGACCAACAUAGAUGACUGCGUCCAGAAUCCCUGUGGAAAUGGAGGCACUUGCAUAGACAAGGUGAAUGGUUACAAGUGCGUCUGCAAGGUGCCCUUCACCGGACGCGAUUGCGAGAGCAAAAUGGAUCCCUGUGCCAGUAAUCGCUGCAAGAAUGAGGCAAAGUGUACGCCGAGUUCGAAUUUCCUGGACUUUUCCUGCACCUGCAAACUGGGCUACACGGGACGCUACUGCGAUGAGGAUAUCGAUGAGUGCUCCUUGAGUUCUCCCUGCCGCAAUGGAGCCAGUUGUUUGAAUGUUCCUGGUUCGUAUAGAUGCCUCUGCACCAAGGGUUACGAGGGUCGCGAUUGCGCCAUCAACACGGAUGACUGCGCCUCGUUUCCCUGCCAAAAUGGAGGAACCUGUCUGGAUGGAAUCGGUGACUACAGCUGCCUGUGCGUGGAUGGUUUCGAUGGCAAGCACUGCGAGACGGAUAUCAAUGAGUGUUUGAGUCAACCCUGCCAAAAUGGAGCCACCUGCAGUCAGUAUGUGAAUAGUUAUACCUGCACUUGUCCCUUGGGAUUCUCGGGGAUUAAUUGCCAGACGAAUGAUGAAGAUUGCACAGAGAGUUCGUGCCUCAAUGGAGGAAGCUGCAUUGAUGGAAUCAAUGGGUAUAACUGUAGCUGCUUAGCGGGAUUCUCCGGAGCCAAUUGCCAGUACAAGCUGAACAAGUGCGACUCGAAUCCCUGCCUGAAUGGAGGAACCUGUCAUGAGCAGAGGGAUGAGUACACGUGCCACUGCCCCAGUGGAUUCACCGGAAAGCAGUGCUCCGAGUACGUGGACUGGUGUGGCCAAUCACCGUGUGAAAAUGGAGCCACCUGCAGCCAGAUGAAGCAUCAGUUUAGCUGCAAAUGCUCCGCCGGCUGGACGGGCAAGCUGUGCGAUGUGCAGACCAUUUCCUGCCAGGAUGCAGCGGAUAGGAAAGGCCUGAGUCUCCGCCAGCUGUGCAAUAAUGGAACGUGCAAGGAUUACGGGAAUAGCCAUGUGUGCUACUGUUCGCAAGGAUAUGCGGGUAGCUAUUGCCAAAAGGAGAUUGACGAGUGCCAGUCGCAACCUUGUCAGAAUGGAGGAACCUGCUUGGAUUUGAUAGGAGCCUAUGAAUGCAAGUGUCGCCAGGGUUUCCAGGGGCAAAAUUGCGAACUGAACAUAGAUGAUUGUGCCCCGAAUCCCUGCCAGAAUGGAGGAACCUGCCACGAUCGCGUGAUGAACUUUAGUUGCAGCUGUCCACCGGGAACAGUGGGCAUUAUUUGCGAGAUCAACAAGGAUGACUGCAAACCGGGAGCCUGUCACAACAAUGGUAGCUGCAUUGAUCGCGUGGGAGGCUUUGAAUGCGUCUGCCAGCCGGGAUUUGUGGGUGCCCGUUGCGAGGGAGACAUCAAUGAGUGCCUGAGUAAUCCCUGCUCGAAUGCGGGGACUCUCGACUGCGUUCAGUUGGUGAAUAACUAUCACUGCAACUGCAGACCCGGUCACAUGGGUCGUCACUGCGAGCACAAGGUGGAUUUCUGUGCCCAGAGUCCUUGCCAGAAUGGCGGUAACUGCAAUAUCCGGCAGAGUGGCCACCACUGCAUCUGCAAUAAUGGUUUCUACGGGAAGAACUGCGAGUUAUCUGGCCAGGAUUGCGAUUCGAAUCCCUGCCGCGUGGGCAACUGUGUGGUGGCCGACGAGGGAUUCGGCUAUAGAUGUGAAUGUCCGCGAGGAACCCUAGGUGAACACUGCGAGAUCGACACGCUGGACGAGUGCUCGCCGAAUCCCUGCGCCCAGGGAGCCGCCUGCGAGGAUCUCCUGGGGGAUUUCGAGUGCUUCUGCCCGAGCAAAUGGAAGGGCAAGCGUUGCGAUAUCUACGAUGUGAGCUAUCCGGGUUGGAAUGGUGGCAACGAUCGAUAUGCAGCCGAUUUGGAGCAACAGCGAGCGAUGUGCGAGAAGCGUGGAUGCAACGAGAAGCAGACGAAUGGCAUUUGCGAUUCGGAGUGCAAUACGUAUGCCUGUAAUUUCGAUGGCAACGACUGCUCGCUGGGCAUCAAUCCGUGGGCCAAUUGUACGGCUAACGAGUGCUGGAAUAAGUUCAAGAAUGGCAAAUGCAACGAGGAGUGCAACAAUGCGGCAUGCCACUACGAUGGGCAUGAUUGCGAGAGGAAACUGAAGAGUUGCGAUAGCCUUUUCGAUGCCUACUGCCAAAAGCACUAUGGCGAUGGCUUCUGCGACUAUGGAUGCAACAAUGCCGAGUGCAGUUGGGAUGGUUUGGAUUGCGAGAAUAAAACACAGUCGCCUGUUUUGGCAGAGGGAGCAAUCUCGGUGGUAAUGCUGAUGAACGAGGAGCAAUUCCGUGAGAUUCAGGCGCAGUUUUUGAGGAACAUGAGCCACAUGCUGAGAACUACAGUGAGGCUAAAGAAGGAUGCCUUUGGCAGGGAUAUGAUAACCAAAUGGAGGGAUAAUCAACCGGUAGCCGAGAUUGAUAACACUGAUUUUGCCAGGAAAAACAAGAUAUUAUAUACGCAGCAGGUUUAUCAAACAGGCAUACAGAUACAGAUUGAAAUUGAUAACAGGAAAUGCACUGAAUGCUUUACCCAUGCGGUGGAGGCAGCUGAAUUCCUGGCUGCCACGGCGGCAAAGCAUCAGUUGCGCAACGAUUUUCAGAUCCACAGCGUGGGCGUGGUCAAGAAUCCGGGGGAUGAUGAUAGCGGAGAACCUCCUGCUAAUGUUAAGUAUGUCAUCACAGGGAUUAUCCUGGUCAUCAUCGCCUUGGCCUUUGCUGGAAUGGUCUUGAGCACGCAGAGAAAGCGCGCACAUGGCGUCACCUGGUUCCCCGAAGGAUUCCGCGCCCCAGCGGCUGUGAUGUCCCGCAGGAGAAGAGAUCCCCAUGGUCAGGAGAUGAGGAACCUCAACAAGCAAGUGGGUCUGCAGUCGCAGGGCGUCGGCCAAACAGGAGCCCAUUGGUCGGAUGAUGAGUCCGAUAUGCCGCUGCCCAAGCGACAAAGGAGUGCUCCCAUCUCUGUGAUAAACCAGCAGGGAUUGGGCAACAAUGGUGGCUAUGCCAGCGAUCACACGAUGGUCAGCGAGUACGAGGAGGCGGACCAGAGGGUCUGGUCGCAGGCCCACCUGGAUGUGGCCGAUGUGAGGGCCAUAAUGACGCCGCCGGCGCAUCAGGAUGGGGGAAUUGGAUUAUCUGGCAUCUCCAACAAACACGAUGUGGAUGCCAGAGGACCACAUGGUCAGACGCCUCUGAUGAUUGCUGUGCGCGGAGGCGGAGGCCUGGAUACCGGCGAGGAUAUCGAGAACAACGAGGACAGCACGGCGCAGGUGAUCUCCGAUCUGCUGGCCCAGGGAGCCGAACUGAAUGCCACCAUGGACAAAACGGGCGAGACGUCGCUGCAUUUGGCGGCGCGAUUCGCUCGAGCGGAUGCCGCCAAGCGGCUGCUGGACGCCGGAGCGGAUGCCAAUUGCCAGGACAACACGGGAAGGACGCCACUCCACGCGGCCGUGGCUGCCGAUGCAAUGGGUGUGUUCCAGAUACUCCUGCGCAAUAGGGCCACCAAUUUGAAUGCCAGGAUGCAUGAUGGCACCACUCCUUUGAUACUCGCCGCUCGCCUGGCCAUCGAGGGAAUGGUGGAGGAUCUUAUCACCGCCGAUGCGGAUAUUAAUGCAGCGGAUAAUUCAGGAAAGACCGCUCUCCAUUGGGCAGCGGCAGUGAAUAAUACAGAGGCGGUGAAUAUACUCCUCAUGCAUCAUGCCAAUCGGGAUGCCCAGGAUGACAAGGAUGAGACGCCGCUGUUUUUGGCCGCCCGCGAGGGAAGCUACGAGGCCUGCAAGGCGCUGCUGGAUAACUUUGCCAAUCGCGAGAUCACCGAUCACAUGGACCGACUGCCACGCGAUGUGGCCAGCGAGCGACUGCAUCACGAUAUCGUUAGGUUGCUGGAUGAGCAUGUUCCUCGAUCACCGCAAAUGCUCAGCAUGACGCCGCAGGCGAUGAUUGGAUCACCGCCGCCGGGACAACAGCAGCAGCAGCAGCAGCUGAUCACCCAGCCCACGGUGAUUUCCGCCGGAAACGGAAAUGGCAAUGGCAACGCCAGCGGCAAGCAGAGCAGCCAGUCGGCCAAGCAGAAGGCGGCCAAGAAGGCCAAGUUGAUCGAGGGCAGCCCCGACAACGGACUCGAUGCCACCGGCGGUGGAAGUCUGCGUCGCAAGGCCAGUUCAAAAAAGACAAGUGCGGCCUCAAAAAAGGCCGCCACCUUGAAUGGCCAGCUGACUGGAGCGGCCCAGGCCCAAGCCCAAGCGGCCCAAGCUGCGGCGGCGGCGGCGGCAGCAGCGGCGGCAGCAGCUGCCAUGACCAUGUCCCACGAACUGGAGGGAUCGCCGGUGGGCGUGGGCAUGGGCGGCAAUCUGCCCAGCCCCUACGACACCAGCUCCAUGUACUCGAACGCGAUGGCCGCUCCGCUGGCGAACGGCAAUCCGAACACGGGCGCCAAGCAGCCGCCGAGCUAUGAGGAUUGCAUCAAGAAUGCGCAAUCGCUGCAGUCGCUGCAGGGCAACGGCCUGGACAUGAUAAAGCUGGACAACUACGGCUACUCGAUGGGCUCGCCAUUUCAGCAGGAGCUGCUCAACGGCCAAGGACUCGGGAUGAAUGGGAACGGGCAGCGGAACGGCGUCGUCGGCGGCGUCCUGCCCGGCGGUCUGUGCGGAAUGGGCGGCCUGACCGGAGCCGGAAACGGAAAUAGCCACGAGCAGGGACUCAGUCCGCCGUACUCGAACCAAUCGCCGCCGCAUUCGGUGCAGAGCAGCCUGGCGCUUUCGCCCCACGCUUAUUUGGGCUCUCCAUCGCCGGCCAAGUCGCGACCCAGUUUGCCCACCUCGCCAACUCACAUCCAGGCGAUGAGGCAUGCCACACAGCAGAAGCAGUUCGGUGGCAGCAAUCUGAACAGCCUGCUGGGCGGUGCCAACGGAGGGGGCGUGGUGGGCGGAGGAGGAGGCAACGGUGGACAGGGGCCGCAGAACUCGCCGGUGAGCUUGGGCAUCAUCUCGCCGACGGGCAGCGAUAUGGGCAUCAUGCUCGCCCCGCCGCAAUCCUCGAAAGGCAGUGCAAUAAUGCAGACGCUAUCCCCCCAGCAACAGCAACAGCAGCAGCAGCAACAGCAGCAACAACAGCAGCAUCAGCAGCAGCAACAGCAACAGCAGCAACAGCAGCAGCAGCAACAGCAGCAGCAACUCGGAGGCCUGGAGUUCGGUUCAGCGGGCUUGGACCUGAAUGGAUUUUGUGGAUCUCCGGACUCAUUUCACUCGGGUCAAAUGAAUCCGCCCUCGAUACAAAGUUCAAUGUCCGGCUCGUCGCCGUCGACCAACAUGCUGUCGCCGUCGUCGCAGCACAACCAGCAGGCCUUCUACCAGUACCUAACGCCACCGAGCCAGCAUUCCGGCGGCCACACGCCGCAGCAUUUGGUCCAGACGCUGGACAGCUACCCGACGCCCUCGCCGGAGUCGCCCGGCCACUGGUCCUCCUCCUCGCCGCGAUCGAAUUCCGAUUGGAGCGAGGGCGUCCAGUCGCCGGCGGCCAAUAAUCUCUACAUUUCCGGCGGCCAUCAGGCCAACAAGGGAUCCGAGGCCAUCUACAUUUGACCGUGAACCCCGAAACCGAUGAUAUGGAAAUGGAGAUGGUUUGCCAAGGAUAACAGCAGAGGGGACUCUUAAAGAGUCCGCGGCUACGUUCUAUCUAAAAUGCUAUAUAAUAAUAAUAAUAAUAUUAAUAUGUAAUUCUCUAAUCCCUACGAUUAUGUAUUUUUUCAACGCGACUUUUAUUUUUUUUUUUAUCGUGUGUGUCUAUAAGUUUUAGCAUUUAGAUCGAAAUACGCAAUUCUGGCUGAAGAAGAAGCGUCAUAAAUUGUAGUAACUUAAAUUAUUUUUAUGCUUGUUGUACAGUGCGCGCCGAUCGCAUAUAUAUAUAUAUAAAGAUAUAUAUAUAUAUAUAUCUACUCAUAGAUAUACCAGUUAAGAGCUCGUUUUGUGGCGCAUUUUAUUUUAUUGUCGUAACAUCGUCGGAGCUUCCAGUAAAAAAGAAAAGAAAGAAAUUAUAACCAGCGAGAGGAGAAACUAAACUUAGCGCAAAUUCUGAUUGAUCGAUUUAACGUUGGUGGGACAUUUGUAGUUGUAAGCGAACCCAUUAUAUCACUAGGCCAUAAGUCUAGGCUAAGUUUUUAUCGAAUUCUACAUUUAAUUAUGGCCCACAUGCUAUAUAAAUAUAUACAUAUAUUUCGUAGUUCUGUAGGUUUCGAAACUGAAGUGCUUAUAUAAACAAAAUUGUUAGACGUACACCGCAUCAAACCUUUUUUUUUACACCAAGUUUUUUUUUUUAUUAUUAUUAUUAUGACUAUUAUGUAUUAUUACAUAUUGACUAAGCUAAACUGUAAAAAGAUUCUCAUAACUGUUUGAUUUAAGUUGACAAAAAAAAAACAAAGGAAAUUGCAAAAAUUAUACAAAAAUCCCCAGCGAGAAAGUAUAAUGCUGAUUAAAAGAGAAAAAAAGCACAAAAAACAACAAAAAAGACAGUAACCAGCCAAGUUUUCUAUAUAUAUAAGGCCCCCCAUUAUGAUCUAAGUUGAUAAAUAGAUAUUUUCAAAAAAUAUACAACCAGAAAAAGACACUAAAAAGUCCACAAAUACGAUUUUGCCGUUCGAUUUGCUCUAUUUAUAAUGCGAACGGUAUGCUUUCUUUCGUCUAUAUUUUGUGUAAGUUUUUAAUGUGUAAAUUGUAAAAUUAUUUGUUUUCCUAACUUAAACAGCAAGACAGCAAA